UUCCCCCCUUCCGCCACUUACUCUUCCUCGACCUUUUCAUUUUACUGCUACUUCUUUCAUUCUUUUCAAGAAAAUGAGAUGAUUUGAUCAUAAGCAACUUUGUUUUCUCAGGAUUUUUCUGUUUGCUACCUUAAACUUGGCUACAUAUACCUUAAGUUGCACAUUUUUUUUUUUGGUUACACAACCUUAGAAUUUGUGCAAAAGGGCAUCAUGGAUCCAAACAAAAAGGUAGAGGAAGAAAUCUUGCCUCCUCAAGAAAUGAUCACAAGAACUGUGGACGAGAAAUGCUGUGUUGAUUGCAAGACUACCAAGACACCGUUAUGGAGAAGUGGCCCUGCUGGACCUAAGUCACUAUGCAAUGCUUGUGGAAUCAGACAUAGAAAGAAAAGGGCAGCCACUGGCACAAGUCCGGCCACAUCCACAGCCACAGUGGGUUUGGACAAGGAGGAAGAGAAGAUCAAGAAAGAAAAACAUGAAGAAACUAUAGCAAAGAAGAAAAGAAGGGCUAAUAUUAGAGAUGGGAAAUGUGGUAAGCUAAGCGUGGGAUGGAGGCAGAGAUUUAGGGCUUUUGGUCAAGGGGUUGUGUUGUAUCAGAGGCAGAGGUCUCCAGUAUUGAGGAAGAGGCAAAGUAUCCAUCAUAGGAAGUUGGGAGAGGUUGAGCAGGCUGCUGUGCUUUUGAUGGCUUUGUCUUGUGGUUCUGUUUUUGCUUGAUGUGGAAAGGCAAAAUCUUGAGGAGUAAAAGGGGUUCAGAACAUAUUCUAACCCCAAUUGUACCUUUGUUCGUAUGUUUGUUUGUUUGCCCUUUUUCUUCUUUUUUUUUUUUUAAUUUUUAGUUUGGACUUCAAUUAGGACUUUGUCUAUGAUUAGGGCCUUUACUAGUGGAUGGUUAAGAAUGUUGGCCUUUACCAAGAAAGACUUACAAUUCUUGGUUCUUUUUUGGCUGGUAUUUGUACAUAGCUAAAGGAAAUGUACAUAUAAUGAUGUUUUGAUGAUAAAGAAUUGAUGUUUCUUUAUUGUCCA